AUGGAGGAUGACAACAGGAUAUCAAUCACCGUCUGCGGUGACGGCGGCUGCGGUAAAUCCUCGAUAACCCUGCGCCUGGUCCGCAGCGCAUGGACGAACGACUACGACCCCACCAUUGAGGACUCGUACAGCGUGACGCGAACCAUUGACGGCCAGACGUACUAUCUGGCGCUGACGGACACGGCCGGCCAAGAGGAGUACCGCGGCCUAUGGGCCGCCAGCAACCUGCGCAGCGAUGCCUUCCUGCUGGUCUAUGACAUCACCAGCGCCCCGAGCCUCGAGGCCCUCGAGUACUUUAUGGAGAUGAUCGACAUGGAGACGGACCAGCGCCUGGACAACGGCGCCGUGCCGCCCGUCAAGAUUGCCGCCGGCAACAAGUGUGACUUGCAGGGUAACCGCCAGGUCACCAGCCAGCAGGGCCUGGAAUGGGCCCGCAACCACAAGUGCGGCUUCAUGGAGACAAGUGCACGCGAGAUGGUAAACAUUGAGGAGACAUUUGCCCUGCUGGUACGCCGCGUCAUCGAGGCUCGUCGCAUUCACGCCAUGGGCACCGGAACCUCGGCCGCACAAACCGCCCCGCUACCCCCCAAGGAGAAGCGCAUGCCUGAUCACGACGACGACGAAGCAAGCGUGCGUGGCAAGAAGCGCUUUUGGUCAAAGCUCAAGUGUUGGUGA